AUGGGGAGGAUCAGGAAAAACCACUUUGGGAUUUUUACUUUUUCUUUACUCGUGACUUUUGUCUGGGCUCAAAGCGCCAAGGAUCUCAAAGAUCCGAGCAAUAUGCCUCUGGUAAAGGAAACCGUGGACAGACUGAUGAAAGGAUACGACAUUCGGUUGAGGCCAGAUUUCGGAGGUGCGCCGGUGGCAGUGGGGAUGAAUAUAGACAUAGCCAGCAUAGACAUGGUCUCUGAAGUCAAUAUGGACUACACCUUGACGAUGUACUUCCAGCAAGCAUGGCGGGACAAGCGUCUCUCCUACUCUGAGAUAGCAUACAACCUGACUCUGGAUAACCGAGUGGCAGAUCAGCUGUGGGUCCCCGACACCUACUUCCUCAACGACAAGAAGUCCUUCGUUCACGGCGUCACCGUCAAGAACAGAAUGAUCCGUCUCCACCCCGACGGCACGGUGCUUUAUGGACUCAGGAUCACCACAACGGCAGCCUGUAUGAUGGACCUGCGCCGCUACCCUCUCGAUGAGCAAAACUGCACCCUGGAGAUUGAAAGCUAUGGCUACACCACAGAUGAUAUUGAGUUUUACUGGCGUGGUGGCGACGGAGCCGUGUCCGGGGUCGACAGAAUAGAGCUGCCUCAGUUCGAUAUUGUUGACUAUAAACUCAUCUCUAAAAAUGUGGUCUUCUCUACAGGUUCCUACCCCCGCCUGUCCCUCAGCUUCAAACUAAAGAGGAACAUUGGUUACUUCAUCCUGCAGACAUACAUGCCUUCCAUCCUGAUUACCAUCCUCUCCUGGGUCUCCUUCUGGAUCAACUACGACGCCUCGGCUGCCAGAGUGGCCCUGGGGAUCACCACGGUGCUGACCAUGACCACCAUCAACACCCACUUGCGAGAGACGCUCCCAAAGAUCCCCUACGUGAAGGCUAUUGACAUGUACCUGAUGGGGUGCUUUGUGUUUGUCUUCCUGGCUCUGCUCGAGUACGCCUUCGUCAACUACAUCUUCUUCGGCCAGGGCCCCCAGCGGCAGAAGAAGGCGGCUGAGAAAGCAGCCACGGCCAAUAACGAGAAGCUGAGACCCGACCCCAACAAGUGGCUGGUGGGAAAUGUAGUUCAGAGAGAUGAUGCUCUGUAUGCCAGAAUGAAACAGAGGGAAAUUGACGCAUAUGACUCGAUGUGGGAUCCCAUCUUUGUGGACGAUGCCGCAUUAGGACUAGGCGAGCAAAGAAAUAAGAUGACUCCUGACGACAACAUCCUGUUCAGCACCUUGGAGAUGAAGAAUGAGAUGGGUGGUGGCGGGGAUCUGUCCCGGGGCCUCGGAGCACCCGGAGACCCCCGCAACACCAUGCUGGCCUAUGAUAGCUCGACGCUGCAGUACCGCAGGGCAGCCAUGGCUCGCCAGAACUAUGGCCACAGCGCCUUGGAGCGCCACGCCCAGAAGAAGUCGCGCCUACGGAGACGGGCUUCCCAGCUCAAGGUGAAUAUCCCAGACCUGUCCGACGUGAACUCUAUUGAUAAGUGGUCCAGGAUGAUCUUCCCCACCGUCUUCUCCUUCUUCAACGUCGUCUACUGGCUCUACUACGUCCAUUAA